GCGUGGGUGCAUUGCAUGGAGACUAUUACUAUUACACUCUCUAAUGGCAGGUUUAUGAAGACACAAUAUAUACCCAUUUAACUCCGAAGUCAUUCCAGUUGUACCAUUGGCAGCACAUUACAAACACAAAAUACAACAUUUGGGAGACAAAUGUGCCAUUAAUUAUUUGUUGUCUGUUUUCCGGAGUUCCCUCAAAUAUUACGGAUAGAUGAUCACUCUGCUUCGUGGCUACUCAUAGCCCUUUUGACAAAUCCACAUCAACUGAAGACUCGCCGCAGCUGCACAACUAGUUCUGAUCGGAACGUUCUGUUUUCAGAUGAUUUUUUUUUUUCUGUAAAUGGCACAAUGUCGCCAGAAGGCAAUUCUGUUACGUCCCUUCUUGAUCAAGAGCUAUUGGUCCGUCAUUGGCAUUGCCUCAAACACUAGCUUAAAGUCCGUCUUUCACAGAUAUUAUGCUUCAAGCAAUAAAGUGGAUGAGGAUGGACUGUUAAAUGCAUGUGAUAAUCUUACCAAAAGCUUGGCUUUCAAAGAUUCUUCUACUUGUAUAAAGCCAGCGAAGCUAGGCUGGGAAGGAUCUUCUCAUGCAAUCCUGUUAGAAAAGCUUGAAAAUGUAUUGAAGGAUCAUCAGGUGGAUGAAGCUUGGGAAACUUACAAGGAUUUCAAACGCCUGUAUGGCUUUCCUGAAGACUCCAUCAUGAGGCAAUUGAUAACUGAAUUCUCCUAUUCUUUGGAUUUCACAUGGCUUUGUAGGGCAUUUGAUAUAGUCUUGUCGAUGUCAAAAGAGAAAUCUGCAUUACCUAGGCUGGAUGUAAUGACUAAGCUCUGCCUUUCCUUAGCAAGGGCUCAAAUACCUUCCCCGACUUCUGUGAUUCUUAGACUGAUGCUACAGAAAAAUUGCUUCCCACCAUUGGAUAUACUAGGGUCGGUGUUUCUCCAUAUGGUGAAGACAGAAAUGGGAGCAAUUCUGGCAGCAAAUAUCUUGACUGAGAUUUGUGAUCUUUAUGAGCAAUUAAAUGAAAGCAAAUCUAACUUUGCAAAGAUGAUAAAACCAGAUACAAUGCUAUUUAACCUUAUUCUGGAUGCUUGUAUUAGAUAUCAAUCAUCUCUCAAGGGUCAGCAGAUCAUAGAGUUGAUGGCUGAAGUUGGAGUGGUGGCUGAUGCUCACAGUAUUGUGAUUAUUGCUCAGAUUUAUGAGAUGAAUUGUAUGAGGGAUGAGUUGAAAAAAUAUAAGAGACAUAUCGAUGUUGUUUCAGCUUCUUUGGUUUCCCAUUAUCGACAGUUCUAUGAUAGUUUGCUGAGCUUGCAUUUCAUUUUCAAUGACAUUGAUGCUGCUUCUGCACUCAUAAAGGAUAUGUAUCAGCACGGAGAAUCUAAUCCUGCUCGGGAAGCAAGGAAGGAAUCUUGUACUAUCCCAAUUGGCUCUCCCAAUCUUAAGAUGGGUUUGAAACUACAUAUUCUACCAGAACUUCUUCAGAAGGAUACCGUAAUCAAAAUGGAAGGAAAGCCAAAGCUUGUUUUGAGUAAGAAUGGAAAACUUGUCCUCAGCAGCAAUGCGGUAACAAAACUGAUGAGGGAAUAUAAGAGAUGUGAGAGAAUAAAUGAACUUUCAACGCUUCUUAAUUACAUUCAAAGUAAACUGGGUUCCUCAGACUCUCAUAACUUGUGUCAUGAUGUCAUUGAUGCUUGUAUUCAUUUGGGAUGGCUGCAGACAGCUCAUGACAUUUUGGAUGACUUGGAAUCAGAAGGCAGUUCCCUGGGCCAAGGUUCAUAUGUGUCCUUGUUGACUGCAUAUUACAACAGAAAAAUGUUUGAGGAAGGAGACGCACUAGUUAAACAAAUUAGGAAAGCUGGUAUGUUGACAAAUCUAUAUAAUGAGCUGCCUAUCCCCAGACAUGGAUUAGAGUUGGAGGAUGAAAGCACCUUGAAUUUUGAAAAAGUAAGAGUAGCAGGGAAAUCAGACUUGGUUGAGGCUAUCAUCCAUGACAUUAAAAAAGAGGCCAAAUCAAUUCCACCUUCUACCGUGAUUCAUGAGUUAAAUUCAUCUAUCUAUUUCUUUAUGAAGGCCAAAAUGAUUGGGGAUGCCAUGAAGACAUACCGAAGAAUGCAAGAGAUGAAGAUUCAGCCUACUGUAUUGACUUUUGCCUAUCUAAUAAGUGGGUAUUCUUCUCUGGGAAUGUAUCGCGAAAUCACCAUUUUAUGGGGUGAUAUCAAGAGGAACUUGGAGAAAAGUAAUUCAAUGGUUCACAGGGAUCUAUACGAGUCAUUGUUGUUGAACUUUAUACGUGGAGGUUAUUUUGAGAGAGUACUGGAGGUCAUUGCUUUUAUGACACAGAACCGGAUGUACCUGGACAAGUGGGUUUGCAAAUGUGAAUUCUUGAAGUUUCACAAGGAUCUUUACAGGAGCUUAAAAGCAUCAAAUGCGAGAAAUGAGGUUCAGAUGAAGAGGCUUGAGCACGUGCGGGCAUUCAGAAAUUGGAUUCGCAUCAAUUAGAUUUAUGUGGAUGGUGUAAGAACUUGAUAUCUUUGAAAGCAGGCUUUUAUUUCCACUUGUUUAAGCCAUGAACUCAACAUAUAGAGCUUGAACCUAGUUGGUAC